AAGUGAAGGCAAUGUAGUAAGUAAAGGCCUAAUGAAGGCCCAGUAUGAGGCCUGAACCAAACUAAAGUAAUGGUCAAGACUUUGCUAAUAUGAAGCAAAGUUAAGCUGUGAGCAAGAGGCAGGCCCUGCUCACAGAAGUUGGCAAGGAAAGGGCUGAUGUUGCAUAGUUACAGUAUAAACAUGGUACCAAGACACACUAUACCGGAACAUUCCACAGAUAACAUGGAACAGGCCGACCCAUCCCAAUGACAGGGGCAAAAGGGUAAAAUGAUGGAUAGAGUUGUUUUGAUCGAACCAACAGGUACAAGGUGAGAGGCGGCACCUUAUUACGUAGAGGGGUUGUACCUUGCUACGUAGAGGGGUUGCACCUCAAUACGUCAGGAGUGACGUGUAACUUGUUUGUACCUGUGUAUAAGAAUGUGUCCCUGGGGUGGUGUCUUUGUCCGGCCACGGGGGCAGUGGAAAGUCCCACCACUGAGCCGGGUCCUUGCCAAGAGGCAUCUAUUACUAGUAUGCCCGGUAGACUAAGUAAUCUACGGGGAACUGCAAUUGUGUUCGAGAUCGCAAUAAACCUGGCCGAGGUGCCUUUGUAUCUUAGUAGACUCUGUGGUUAUUGGGGAUUCUCGUCGGGUCUGCUGUGUCAGCUAUCUGCGCAGAGCUGGGGCAGCACACAGAGGGAACACGCGCACGCAGCCGAGUGAUAUCAACAGGAGAAAGCAGAAGCACCACACCGGUAGCAUCUGACAACACUGGUGACCCCGACCGCUGACCUGGUGAGUAAGCAAAACUGCCGUGGUAGGAAUCGUGAUCUAACAUGGCAGUAAACCUCGAGCUAGGGAACCCCCUUAUCCCCUCCCUCAUGAUCCCCACGGAGUUUGAUGAUUGUUGGACCCGCUGGAUUGCCAGUAAGGGGGGUCCAUAUGAAUUUAAAAAAGAGAGUGGGGAAACAUGGACUGGUUUAUGUAGAGCGAUGGUAGAAACCGAAGCUCUGAGAAACAGUAAUAAGAGUAAAAAAGCAAGAAUUUUGCAACUCAUGUCUCUGGCAGUGAGACAGCUCAGACAGCAUGCUGGAAUGCUGGCCAAACAAGUAACAGAAAAAACAGGAGAAGUAGAAGAAGUAACCCAGGCAGUCGAGCACUGGAAAGCCCAAGCUCUGUUAGCAGAGCAACAGGCGGUCCAAAUUCAUGAUAUGCUCGAGCAAGUAAAGCAGGAAAAUAAAAAAUUGGAAACAACUGUAGAAAACCUGCAGAAGCAAAAAGUGCCGUCCCCUGUAAUAAAUAUUGGUCAUAAACAGCAGGCUUCAGGUAGCUACCCUGUGCCUGAAGAAUGGGGACAGAAGUGGAAAAACGUGGUCCUAGUAAAAUUAAAAGAUGAAAGAGGGUCCACUGCAUUGCAACCACCACCUUAUGAUAAAAGCCAGGUUCCAGUUAAACCUAAACUGAGACCUAGACUGGUGCCUGUCAGAACGGGACAAGUAAGUGCACAGAAGGAAAGAGUAGCACACAAUACUUUCUCAGAAUUGGUAAAUCAGAUGAAGGAAAAUAUAGAACAGUUUACAGAGCACAUUAGGAGACAGGAGCUGCGACUCGAUCGCAGGGGAGUGAAUAAAAAAGCAUUUCAAAGUAAAAAAACAAAAUUAAAUGGGUUAACACCUAGAAUUGAUGCAAUAACACAUGGAGCUGCCCAAAACCAGUUAACUGCACCAAAAAAGGGCACUCCUGCCAUCCAUUUGGCAUGCACACAAAAGCAACAGACAUUGGGGGAACAAAUUCAGGUUUUACAAGAUCAGGUAACUACCCCCAUUCUCCUCUCAAAGCCAGGAUAAAAAACAGGGGUGCAGUUCCUAACUGUGCAGGUUCCCAACUGCUUUGACCCACAGAACCACACUCUACGCUCAUAUCUGAAAAUAGAAUAUUCUUUCUCAAAUAUUUUUACAUACCGGUUAAGGUUUGUCCUUUAUAUGCUUUCUUAGUUUGCUAAAUUUGCUGCUGCUGCCUGUACUUUCAAAUAUCUUGAUAGAGUUAAUCUCUCUUGGCUCAGGUCUCACUACCUUCCUAGGUUGCUCUUCACCCCACCCUCUCUCCCCCAUCUCUCCUCAAUUCUGCUCUCUUUUUGUUUUAAAAGUUAAAAGUUAUAGUUUUUACAGAAACCUCCAAAAGAUAAAGCAAUUGAAAACAGAAUAAAACAAGAAACAAAAAGAAAACAAGGUUUCCACCUUUGGCUCGCAAACAUAGCAAAGCAUCAUGAAAGUAUACCCUCAAAUACCCUCAAAGUACUGUAUUUAAAAUUUAUUUUGGUUUAAUUUUAUAGUUGGUUUAAUUUUGUAUGCUUUUCUUUUGUUAUGUUAUGUUAAUGGGAAGCAGUGGUUGUUAAAGUUGUGCUUCUAAACAGUUAACAAAAGUGAAAUUAGUAUCACAAGCAAAUUAACUCUAAAAAGCUUGGUAAAAAUUCUGUUAACUCCUUUGCUGAAACAAAUUGUUCAGCAAAGGAAAGCAAUACACCUUCUCAUGGAAGAUUGUGAGCAUUUAUUUUAGCCGUUAAGCAUUACAUUUCGUAUAAAAAUAUUAGUAAUGCACUUCAAAUGAAAAUGAAUGUCUAUACAACAACAAUUGCAAAAGUAUAGCUUGUGUUAUAAAAGGCUUGGUCCCUAUUACAUUGUUCUUAUUACAUUGUAAACAAACUAAGUUAAACUAUGUAUUAAGUUUAAGUUACUGAAAACAAAAACAAAAAAGAAAGAAACAAACAAAAAUCCUUUAUUAUGUUAACUAACUAGCUGUUUAAGUUGCAUCCCACAGACCAAAGACACCAAAAAAUAUCACACCCUGAAGAAACCAGAUAUCAUCAGUAUACAGUGAAGAAACUGCCAAGCAUCAAGAACAGAAAAAUGAAGUGCUUUAUAAAUAAGAGACUGGUCAAAUACACCUCUAUCGACCAUAUAUGGACAAUUAAGUUAAAAUCAGCUAAAAACCACUAGCUGGACCAGGAUAAGCCAUCAUUUAAUUUCAACUUGGUUACUCUGUAAAAACAACUGUAUUAUUGCUGUACUGCUGUACUGUUGUCUUAUUGCUGUACUGUAUUAUUGCUGUACAACAUUUACAAUGUGCAUAACCUUGCUAAACUGUUUAACCAACACACAGGUAAAAAUCAACAAAUGAACGGCAGCAAACUACAUGAAGGCACAUUAAAAACAAAGUGGUAAACAAACAAAAAGUUACAUAGUAAUGACAAAUUGGGUAAACAAAUUGCCUGUUAGUACCAGUCAUAAUUUGGGUCACUGACACUGCAUCCUAACUGAGGCACAUGUUAUUCAAAACAAUCUUGUUCAGUGUCUGGGUACCAAUACUACAUCCUGACACAGCACUAUUUGAUAAAUUGGUUACUGUCCAUUCUGUAGGUUAUCUGGAAGACAGCAUCCAUAAGAAACAACUGGAUCUAUGUCAACUACUGGUGUAUUGCAGAGCCGUGCAACCAAUGGAACAGAGAAGUUAACCACGUCUAUUUCCUGCCCAGUGAAGCUAACCAGAGGGUGACAACUAGCAGUAAGGGUAACCUAUAACAUGAAUGGACAGUACUAGGUAGUAACUAAUUACAAUAUAUUUCUAUAUAAAUGCCUCAGAGGUAGUGUCACUACUCCAAAUUUCUGUUUUUCUUCUCAUAUACAUAGCAUUGUGAGACACACCAUCACAAUCCCUAUCCAGUAUUUCAAAACACUCAGCCUACUACUACUGAUGAGACAGGUGAUAACUAGAAUUGCCCUAAUAAGAGUGCGUUUCUAUCUGUGUCACCAAAGUAAAAGGGACAGAGUACAACACCGGACUGGAAAAACAUGGUUAUGCUUAAAUAUAAGGUGGUGUCAUAUGUACACAUACAUACUAUACAUAUAUGCCCAUACACACGCCAAAUAUAUAAGCCAUAUCCAUAUAAUUGAUAUAUAUUAGUUAUUUGGGAGUGCCUCUAAGGCUCAAUCAUAAUACUACAUUCCUCAGUCAUGGUCCCGGGCCUAACAUUCCCAGGCCCACCAUAAGGGACUAAAAAAUAAUUGGAUAAUAAAAUCUGUCUGCCAGUCGUACGAGGGAAUGUGCAGACUAAACAGACGGAUGGGGCAUAAGUGUAUGGAUAGUAAAAUAAAGUAACCACCUAACAGUGUUUAGCCCACUGGGUUAUCUUUAGUCCAUGCAUUAUGCUUUUCCGGGACAAUGGGUAAACUUAAAAAGACAAAAAGUGGGGGAAUGUAGUAAGUGAAGGCAAUGUAGUAAGUAAAGGCCUAAUGAAGGCCCAGUAUGAGGCCUGAACCAAACUAAAGUAAUGGUCAAGACUUUGCUAAUAUGAAGCAAAGUUAAGCUGUGAGCAAGAGGCAGGCCCUGCUCACAGAAGUUGGCAAGGAAAGGGCUGAUGUUGCAUAGUUACAGUAUAAACAUGGUACCAAGACACACUAUACCGGAACAUUCCACAGAUAACAUGGAACAGGCCGACCCAUCCCAAUGACAGGGGCAAAAGGGUAAAAUGAUGGAUAGAGUUGUUUUGAUCGAACCAACAGGUACAAGGUGAGAGGCGGCACCUUAUUACGUAGAGGGGUUGUACCUUGCUACGUAGAGGGGUUGCACCUCAAUACGUCAGGAGUGAUGUGUAACUUGUUUGUACCUGUGUAUAAGAAUGUGUCCCUGGGGUGGUGUCUUUGUCCAGCUAUGGGGGCAGUGGAAAGUCCCGCCACUGAGCCGGGUCCUUGCCAAGAGGCAUCUAUUACUAGUAUGCCCGGUAGACUAAGUAAUCUACGGGGAACUGCAAUUGUGUCCGAGAUCGCAAUAAACCUGGCCGAGGUGCCUUUGUAUCUUA